GUUUGGGAGCUUGUACAGUGUGUGUGUGUGUGCUGGUCUGGGUGCCUGUCCCUGCAGAAGUGCUGUAGUGGUCGGCCCGGCGCUCCCCCCUCGCCGGGGCCCUCCCGUCUAUUUCUGGCUCUGCGUCAUGCCUGGGCUUUACUCCUGUGGCAAGAGGAGUGUUUCUCUAGGGCUCCCACUCUGCUACACACACACACACACCUUCCGACAGACACACUCACACACACACACACGCCUGCCUGGUGAACGAGUGAGCGCUCUCAGAUGUAAACACACAGAGUGACGGGCGGACGGAGAGGCGAGCGGAUGGGAUGGCGUGGAUGAUGAAUGGGUGGCUGCUGCUGGACGGACUGGGAGUUUAAACUUGGUGCUUGUGUGUGUGUGUGCGUCUCUCUCUCUCUCUCUCGUUUUUUAUUUUUAAAGUCGGAGUGGGUGCGCUCGGAUGUGUGUAGGUGAGACAGAGAGAGAGAGAAAGUGUGUAUGGAGGGAGAGAGAAAACGGAGGAAUGCUUCCGCUGAUAAAGAGAGAGAGAGCCGCCACGGCAGGACGGUCGCUUCCUGUCCGGACCCCCGCUGACGCCUGGAGCAGACUGACAGCAGGUCGUUCUCCGUGAGAUAACCGAAUGACUUCAGACAGCCGCAUAUAGAAGAUCUUCUCAUCAAAGAAAAUUACUCAAGGAUUCAUCUGCCUCAAAGAUCUGAGUUUCAUCAAAAUAAUGGCAAAAGAGAGACGUCUCUGAUGUUGUCCACUAAAGUUUCCCUUCUGCAUUUCUCUCUUGGUUCUACAAUCAGUUUAUUUCAGCAAUGGAUGGGUACCUCCCUCGCCUGUGACCGUGUCGGCAACUUGUUCAGCUAUCAUGCUUGGUAGCUUUUGGACCUUGUAACCCUCCAGACAUCAACCCAUCCAUCUCCCCUUACCGAACCCCUCUCUCCCCAUCUCACCUAAACCCCAGCAGAGCUUCAUAAAAAUGGAGGCUCGUGAACCAGCAGCCGAAAAGCAGAAAUGCAUAAAUAAGGAACUAGUUAAAGACAAGGCACGUCUGCACCGAAAGUGGGAGUCAGAACCCUCUGCAAAUACCAAACGAAGCACUUUUGCUGACCCGGAGGCGAAGCACCGUGAGAGUUUGCCAUGUGGUGCUACUGGAGGAUCAGCACCUCAGCAAAAGUACACAAUCACAGGGAAUUCUGGAAAGCUGCUAUCUGGACCCUCUGAGGUUGGGGUCAGAGGAGGCCCACCAUCUCAAGACCCCCAAGGGCCCUUUGCUCAGGGGUUUCCACGGGGGUUUUCCUACCAGCCGGGUCAGUUGUACCCUCAACAUCCCCAACCUGAGCGCUUCCACUCAGGAGCUAAACCCCAGCCAGGCCUCGAGCCUCACGCCUGGCCUUUUGCGGGCCAGCUGCCUUCAGAUGAUCUUUACACUGUAGGACACCCAGGCCACACUCACCCACAUGGGGGCGGUGCAGGGAGGUUUCCCAGACAGAAAUCUCCCAGCUUACCCAGCUCCUUUGGACAGUAUUCUCAAUCAGGCCCUGAGCCUGCAGAGGAGGGCUAUGGCAAAAAAGAACAAAAGCCAAAAAAGCCUGGUAAGUACAUCUGCCCCUACUGUGGCCGAGCUUGUGCCAAGCCCAGCGUCUUGAAGAAGCACAUCCGUUCACAUACUGGAGAAAGGCCAUACCCUUGUGUCCCCUGUGGCUUUUCUUUUAAAACCAAGAGCAACCUUUACAAGCAUCGCAAAUCUCAUGCCCAUGCUAUCAAAGCUGGACUCGUACCAUUUUCAGAGUUAGCCAUGGCCCGCGGUGGGGACAUGGACCAGGCGUCCCCAGUGGGCGAGACCGAGGUCCACUCAGAUGGAGAGCAGAGUACGGACACAGAUGAAGAAGGCGUAGAGGGCUCCACAAUGCUGACGGACAAAGAUAGUCCCAUCCCGCAGAUCUCAUUUGACUCGGACAAGAAUACAGGUGGUGCAGAACCAGCAUAUGCAGACUCAGCUGAAGAGUUGCUCAUGGGAUCUAUGAAAGUGCCUAUCCUUAUCGUUCCCAAGACUGGGAGAGUACCGUCCACGGGUAUGGAGUGCCCGCCCUUUCAUGACAUGAAGGCAUCCCACAUGUUGGCAUCGCAUUCUGUUUGGAAAGCACAUUCACUUGAUGACUCUCCCACCAUUAAACAGCACUUGAGGCCGAAUGAGAAGAAAGAGCAGGACUCUGACUUUGCCAUGUCUCAGUCCCUUAACCUCCUUAGUCCUCAUGACAAAGAAAGCACAGACUCUGGUUACUUUUCACGCUCCGAAAGUGCAGAGCAGCAGAUAAGCCCUCCCAAUACUAAUGCUAAGACAUAUGAAGAGAUUAUGUUUGGUCGGAAUUGGUACAACCGACCCAGCUCCAGACCCAGGCAGUCUAUCACAGUGAGUAUGGCAGGGGUUGAUCCCAGUAGCCUGGCUAGCUUAAAGCAAUCAGGUGCUAUUAUAGAAAUGAGGAAGAUCACUGAGGAUCCUAUCUCCUUCAGAGGAGAUGUACGAAUCCCCGGCGAUCCAAAGCAGUAUCCAACUGGACCUUGUCAAAGCAAUACAGGACUUCUGGAGCCUCCAUCUGAUUCUGGACAUUUGAUUCGGAGUAACUCCAUGCCAACUUCUUCCCCUCCUAACCUCAGUGUUCCCCAAGGGAAUCGCAGCCAAUCCUUUGAUAACAUGGUGGCACCAGACGAUGUGUUUUUCCCACCAGGUCACCCUCGACUCACAAGACAGAGUGCAUUUGAACAUUCAGCCAAUGAAUCCCACGUAGGAGAGCCCGAGGGCUAUGGACACAUGUCCAAGAAUUUUGCUUCGUCGCUGGGUACGAAAUUUGCAGAGCGCAGCCCAGGAGUCCCAGAGCACAUUGCCCACAGCCCCUAUGGUACUGGCUGUGGGCAAGAAACGGCCACGAGAAAAAGGAGAAAAGUGCCGAGUGUCGGGGAAGACGAGGACAGCCCUGGUCACGGUGACAGUAGCUGCAGUGGUUCAGUGGACUACGAAUUCAAGCAAAAUAGUCUUGAUGGGUCCAGAGCCACUCCGACAGGCAAGGGCUCUCUUCACAGCACUCACAGCCUAUCUGACAGCUUUGAUACUUGUGCCAGCAUGUGCUCAGAGGACAUUGCAUUGUUUACUGACUCUGAGGGCAGGAAGGCAGCAGGGAAUGUCAUAUCAGUCAUCCAGCACACAAACUCCCUCAGCCGUCCUAAUUCCUUUGACAAGUCUGAGUCCUUUGAGCAGCCAGGAUAUCAUCCAUCGGAUAAAGCUCCAUCCAGUCAGUAUUCUGAGCAGUCUGACAAUGAGAUCUUUGAAGAUGCCCUGAGUCCAGAGUCCACUCUUCUGAGGACGGAGAGCAUGGAACAGCACCAACAAAGCGACAGCGAUCUGGCCUCCCUUUCUUCUUCAUCAGCUGCAGCUUCUCCUGGCCAGCCAUACCACAUCCCGCACAAAUUAGUCCGACAGCCCAACAUCCAAGUUCCUGAGAUCAGGGUUACAGAGGAGCCAGACAAGCCUGAUAAGGAUACCGAAACUCCGAUGACCAAGGAACCGGAGAAGCAGCAGCAUGUGGAGGAGUUCCAGCUUCCCCAGAGGAGUGACACCCUCUCCCAGAUGCCAUCGGAGAAGCUCCCACCCAAGAAGAAGAGGCUGCGGUUGGCAGAUAUGGAGCACUCAUCUGGGGAAUCGAGCUUUGAGUCAACCUGCACCAGCCUGUCUCGCAGCCCUAGUCAGGAGAGUAACCUCUCCCACUCCUCUUCCCUCUCCAUGUCCUUCGACCGAGACGAAGGCCUCAAGUCUGUCUCUCCAACCAAACAGGAUGACUCAUCUGCUUCUGGAGGAGCAGCAAAGCAAUCAGAGUUCCUCACAGUGCCUGGCAGUGGUUAUUCCAGCCACCAUCACCAGAGGGAGAUGAGGAGGUCUUCGUCGGAACAGGCGCCGUGCACACUGCCUACAGAGUUGCCUGAAAUGCGCAGCAAGUCCUUUGACUACGGGAGUUUGUCGUCCUCCAGGCAGGGGGAGCUCUACCCCAGUGCCUCUGUCAUGAAGAGGCGUGGAUUCUUAGUCCGACAGGCUUCACUGAGUGUUUAUCCAGAGGCUGUCACCCAGGAGCCGGGGGUCACUGAAAUGCCAAUCAAGCAGGAGAGUCUGGAGCAUGGUGCCUGGCCUGGCCCAGCAGGAUCCCCUCACAGCAGCAGCGAUGUGGCUGGCAGGACCAAGCGAGUCGGCUCUGUUGCAGCGGUUGGAUCUUACCACCAGCACCACCAGCAUGUUCUCCAACAGAGUAUCAGUGAGGACAGCUUACAAGACGAACCACUCUACAGCAGGUCCCAUCAGCAUCGCCUACAAACCCAGGGUUCAUCAUCAGAAGGAGAACAUCCAAGUCAUGAAGUAGUGAACAAGGACAUAAUCCAGCAGUACCAGGGUGGCCCUCCUUUCCUUUCCUGCUCACAUGCAGGUCUGUUUUGGAACCAGGAUGCCGAUCAACUGCCCAGACAGCAGCAGACUCUCCAGGCUCAACAGCAACUCCAAAAGCUACACAUCAGAUCACCGGCCGCUGUACCUGGACACCAACAACACAAACACCAACAACACUCCCUCCAGCAAAUCCAUGAGCCCCAGGCGUACGACGGAAAAUCUGAAAAUGCAGGUUCUCAGAUAUACCCGGCUUCUUUUUCCUCGCGUUCCUCCCCGCUGUCGGCCACGCUCUCUCAACCCAACUCCACCAGCGCCUCCAUGCUCCUGCAGCAGAUUCAACCAGUCUUUGCCACACAGAACCUGGGCUCCCAGGCCUCUUUACCUGGCCUGCUGGUGCCUGUGCGGAUCCAGACCCAUGUGCCAUCAUUUGGUAGUGUUAUGUACACCAGUGUUAGCCAACUGAUAGCCUCCCAUGAUGCACAGGGGUUUGGCUCGGCCAGGCCAGGCAGUGCAGACAACACCAUCCCUCCUUCAGCAAGUGGCAAACCACCUGGAGGAUCUGGAGGAGGAAUAAGUGGAUCGGGUUUUAACUUGUCCCAUUUCCUGGGGCAGACGGACGGCGUGGCCCUGCGCUACCCACUCUGGAAGGGUCAAGACUCUCUGCCGGAGCAGCGUCUGAACACAGGAAUACCGCUGUCUUUGACAUCAGGCACUAUAUCCACAACAGACGCCUCAGGAUCUGGUAUCGGAGGCAGCAAGCGCAUGCUUUCCCCUGCGAGCUCUCUGGAGCUCUUCAUUCAGACAAAGCAGCAGAAAAGAGUGAAGGAGGAGCGGAUGUAUGGACAGAUCGUCAAAGAGAUGAGUGCCGUGGAGCUGAGUGGGACUGAAACCGGCGGCAAGCUGGAGAAGAGACGAGGUCAGAGAGCUCGUCUGAAGAGCGAGGGUUCAGUGGACGACUCUGAAAGGAUGUCCUCUUCUCCACCACUCAGUGACUUUUCCAAGAUUUCCAUUCCCGUCCGAUCCUCUGCCCCCCACCUCCCUGACAUCCCUCGAGCCGAGAGUUUCACCCCCCCUCUUCAGAUUGUCACAAACCGUUCCCCGGCGGCUGGCGGCCGGGACUCCCCGGAGGAGCUGGAUGUAGACGACACAGCCCCAGAACGCACCUCCAGUCCGGAGUCCAUGGUCUCCUCUUCCAAAGACGCAGACGACCCCGACGACACGAAGCAGCCGACGCCCGGGAAACCCCCCGUCAGCAUGCUGGUUCAGCUCGCUGCCAACCAAAGUGCAGGAUUGCCUGAAGCGGCAGGUCAGACUCUGCUGGUGACGGACGUGGCUGACGUCCAGCAGUUCUUUCAGUUCCCAAGCCUGCGCACCACGAGCAGAGUCAGCUGGUGUUUCCUCAACUACACCAAACCCAACAGCAGCCAGGCGUCUCUGCGAAGCUCCGUCUACGGCUCGUGGUCCGUCAGCUCGUACAACCCCAACCCCUUGAACCUCAGCACCAAGGCUGCUCUGGCUCUGUUGAGGUCCAAACAGAAGAGGAACACUGAUUUGAUGUACACCGUGGCAGCCCUGUCUCCGCCCAGCUCCGGGAAGCUCGUCUCAUCUGUGGCCUGGAAGCUGCGGUUCGAUCAGCUGAAACCAGAGCUGAUGCCGGUGGACGUCGGUAACUUUGGAAGGAAGAUGAAAGGAGUGGCGUCGUGGGAUCGUUCAAAGGAGGAGCAGGUGGAGAAAGAGGUCUCAGCCAAACAGCCCACCACCGAGCCCACCCGCAUCAAGAUCUUCGAAGGCGGGUAUAAAUCCAACGAGGAAUACGUCUACGUCCGCGGGCGCGGCCGGGGGAAGUACAUCUGCGAGGAGUGCGGCAUCCGCUGCAAGAAGCCCAGCAUGCUGAAGAAACACAUCCGGACGCACACCGACGUGCGGCCCUACGUCUGCAAGUUCUGCAACUUCGCCUUCAAGACCAAAGGAAACCUGACGAAGCACAUGAAGUCCAAGGCGCACAUGAAAAAGUGUCUGGAGUUGGGAGUCUCCAUGUCUUCGGUUGAGGAUGCAGAGGCAGAUGAAGGAGACGUGGGAGAGGAAGGUCAGAGGUCGUCCGACAAGACCUCCAGGCGGGCUGCGGCCGAGCACCAGUUCUCCGACGCCGAGGACUCGGAAGGCGGCGAGGAGGACGGCGACGAGGUGGACGACGAGGACGACGACGAGGACGACUACGACGGCGACUCCACCCCGAAGACGCGCUCGCGCUCCACCAGCCCGCAGCCGUACGCGCUGCCGCCGCUCGCCAUCACGGCCGUGGCCUCGUCCCACGCCGCGUCCCCGCACCUGUCCCACUUCCUGGGCGAAGCCAACAAGCUGGGCUACUUCACCACCGUGCCCAGCAUCCAGAUCACGCCGCAGGCGCCGCCCGGCGAGUUCCAGCGGGGCGGCAGGCUGCUGGUCCCCCCGUCCUCCUCCAUGGACGAGGACCUCCCCGUCCCCUCCCCCGACCUCUCCUCGUCGUCCUCCCGCCUGUCCUCGCCCGGGCUGGACCUGUCGGGCUGCCCGUCCCCGGUGUCCCCGUCCUCCUCGCCGUCGGCCCGCCGUUACCUCUCCCCCCGCCGCGACCUCUCCCCCCGCGCCGGCCACCUCUCCCCCCGGCGGGACGCCUCCCCCCUGCGGCACAUCUCCCCCAAGAGAGACCUGGGCGGCUACCGCCGAGACCUGUCCCCCCGGAGGGGACACCUGUCCCUGCUGUCCCCGCUCUCCCGGCCCACCUCGCCCGCCGGCGGGAGGGACUACAAGCGCGACCUUUCACCCCGGGGCCGCCACCGGGGGAUGAUCCGACCGCUGUCUCCUCGCCGAGGGCUCCACCAACAUCUCCACCACCACAGCCCGCAGAGCGGCGCCCGCAGCCUGAGGACGAGCCACCCGACCGGAGAGUUCGGCCCGCUGGGACGCCGUACGGCCAGCGCCGACACCGAGAUGGAACAUCUUCCAGGCGCUCCGUCGCCAGGGGAACGGGACCGGGGCGGUAACCUUGGUAACCAGUCCAGCCCACCCCAUCAGGUCCUGUUCAGUCACCUCCCGCUUCAUUCACAACUACAGGUGCGCUCUCCCUUCCCGAUGAUCCCGAUCGGGGGCAUCCAGAUGGUCCACUCCGUCCCCUCCUCCGUCUCCUCCCCUCUGGGCCAGCAGGCGGCGCCGCACGCCGCCCCGCGCCUGUCGCUCAACAAGAGCGUGUCGGAGGAGUCGGCCGGCGGCGACGUCGCUCCGCCGCACUUCGCCUCCUUCUCCGAGAGAGCGGGACCGGAGGGAGACGACCGAUCGAGGAAAUCCCCUCGCACCUCCUCUCAGGAGAAGGAUGGAGGAGGAGGAGGAGGGGGAGGAGGAGGAGGAGGAGGAGGAGGAAGGCAGCAGCAGGAGCAAGAAGAGAGCAUCCAGACCUGCACCAAGGCCAUCGCCUCCCUCUGCAUCGACUCCGAGGAGGCUGCCAGGAGAGGAGGAGGAGGAGGAGGCGGGGCUUCUUCCUCCUCUCCUCCUCCUUCAGCACAGUCCCCCGACGCUCCUCACCUUCAUCACCACCACCAUCAUCAUCAUCAUCACCAUCAGCAGCAGCAGCAGCAGCAGCAGCGCUCCACGCCCCCCUCCGUGCUCCCCUCGUCUCCCCACGCCUCCCCGUCUCCUCCUCAAAGUUUUCAGCACUUUAGCGGCCUGGAGCUCAGGCCCCCCCCUCCCCACCCCUCCAUCCCGGCCUCCCCCGCCCCCGCCUCCAACCCCUCCUCCUCCCCUUCUCCUCACCCUCCCAGCCCCGGGUCUGAAGCCCUCCAACACCCGGAGAGAGAGCGGGAGGGAGAAAGCACAAGGAGGAGCAGGGAGGCGUCGUAGUGCUGCAGCGGCAGGAGGAGGCGCCAUGGAU